AUGGACGGCCGGGGCUCCUACGAGGAGGUGCCCGGCGGCGACGACGCGGGUCCGUGCGCGCCGCGCGCGUCGCGGCGGGGGCGGCUCGCGGUGGUCGGCGGCCUCCUCUCCGCCGCGGCGCUCGCGUCCCUCGGCCUCGGGUCGUCGUCCUGGCUCGCGCGCGGCCAAACCGCGUCGUCCCAGCUCUCGUCCGUGAGCACCUACAAGUUCACGUACAAGGACUUUGUGAAGGAGGACGACAUCAAGGCCUACCUCGAAAUGAUCGGCGUCGACACGGACGACAGCGAGGAGAAGCUCUUGGACUACGUGCCCCGCGAGGUCACGAUCGAAUACGACUCCAAAAAGGUCGAGGGCUCCCUGGGGAGCGACGCCGCGGGGGGCUACCUCCUCACGGGCCUCACGUUCACGGCGUCGAGCGGCUUCACGUCGAGCUACGUGCUCGUGUUCACGUUGGAGGGAAAAAUAGAGCGGAUCACGUCGCUCUACGGGAAGCAGCUCGAGAACAAGGGCGCGACGUCCCUGGACAAGCACACGAUCUACCAGGCUUUGGGCCUCAAGCUCUACAACACGACGCACGCCCUCGUGGCCUUCGGCGACUCGACGGGCAAGCUCGAGGGGCCCAGGAUGCUGUGGGCGUGGCGGUCCGACGAGUGGCUCACGCUCUGCGACGGCAAGACGAACGACGCCCACGACAUCCAGUGGGCGUUCGACGACGCCGCCGUCUGGCAGGCCGACGGGACGACGCUGGUCGGCGAGUACGACGUCGUCUCGGGGAAGAAGCUGGCGAAGUUCGACGAGAAGCGCGUCUCGGACCCGAACCACGUCCAGGCCGUCGCCGAGGACAAGGUCUUCUACAUCUCGAGCCGCCAGACCGACGCCAUCGUCAAGAUGGACGUCGAGGGCAAGGUCGAGUGGACGCUCGGCGGCGAGUACGGCGACUACGAGAUUGAGGACUCCGACGGCACGGUCUACAAGGCGGGCAAGACGGUCUGGAGCGGCCAGCACAACGCCGAGUUCUUCGGGGAGGACGAGUUCUGCAUGUUCGACAACCAGGAGAAGCCCGACAACCACUACAGCCACUCGCGGCUCCUCUGCGUGAAGUUGGAGAAGGACGGGUCGACGCGGCGCGGCGUCGUGACCUUCUCCUACUCCAUGGGCGCCUACACGCCCCACUUCGGCGACGCGGACCGGCUGCCCACGGGCAACAUGCUCGGCGUCCACUGGCCCGACGAGCUCACGGACGCGACGGACUACGACGUAAGGGCGGUCGAGGUCGUCCGCGACGACGGCGACCUCGCCUGGGAGAUGAAGGUCAAGGGCGCCAAGUGCGAGGCGAAGAAGUGUUCGCGGGACAACAAGGGCUGGACGUCCUACUCCAUCGAGCGCUUCUACGCGAACCCCAUCCUCUCGAACGUCGCGUGCGCAGACGCCGUCGUCACGUUCGACGUCGUCAACAACUUCAAGCAGAUGAACGUCUACGACGGCACCUACAUGAUCAAGACCAUCUCGAAGGACGACACGGUGGACAAGACCGACGGGACGCUGUCCUUCCUGGCCCACUGGCGGACGACGCCGGUUUCCGUGGACGUGCCCUCGGCCGCCGCGAAGGCGACGGUCAUCGUCACGAACCAGUGGGGCGACGACGUCUCCACGGAGGUCGACUGUACGAAGUAG